AAAAAAAAAAGAAUCGGAAAUGGCAUCUCGUGGUUUAAGCGUACAAGCGACCGUAGUCUCUACGAGAGCGAGACUCAAUUCAUUACCCAAACCGAAGGUUUCUGGUUUCGCUUGUGGUUCUCUUGCAAGACCCAGAAACCAUCGUCUUUCUGUUUCAGCGAUGGGUUCCUCUGCUUCUUCUCAGAAGCCCGACAAUGUCCAAGAUACCAGGAAGAAUGACUUUACUUCUCUAAACGAAGAUGAAUGGAAGAAACAGCUCACGUCGGAGCAGUAUUACAUCACCCGGCAGAAGGGGACAGAGCGAGCCUUUACCGGGGAGUACUGGGACACGAAAACACCAGGAGUGUACCAUUGCAUAUGCUGUGACACGCCUCUGUUUGAAUCAUCGACAAAGUUUGAUAGUGGAACAGGGUGGCCGUCUUAUUACAAGCCUAUAGGAGACAAUGUGAAGACCAAGUUAGACCUCUCUAUUAUCUUCAUGCCAAGACAAGAAGUACUUUGCGCUAUUUGUGAUGCCCACCUUGGCCAUGUCUUUGACGAUGGACCCCCUCCAACUGGAAAACGUUUUUGUAUCAACAGUGCUUCUUUGAAACUCAAGCCGAACAAGUGAAUGCUCUUCAAGUAUCAGAUAGAGAAAACGAAGACUGGGGAACCAAAAUGGUAAAUAUUUACGUUCAAUAAGAAUGAAAAUUAUAUGUGUACUGAUACUAUUGUCUAUACAAGUAUACUGAGUCCGAGGCCUGCAUCUGCCCGAAAACUCGGUCAUUUGUUUCCUGCUUUAACUAGGAUGAAGUGUGUUCGGUAUA